CCUAUACCAUACUUCUUAAGCAUGGAAACAAUACUAAGAGACAGGGCUCUUCUGGUAAAAGAGGACGAUUUGAAUAAAUAUAUAACAUCUGAAUGGUUCGAUCCCAACUUCUUCUGAUUCUGAGAUAGUGUUUUCUUAGACAAAACAGUCGAUUGAGAUUUGUACUUCUCAAAUCAGGAUAAAGAAUACUCUAGCUUUAAAUAAGCUAGCAAAAAUUAGACAAGUUAUGAGAAAAUGAGGAAUCUUAAUCACAGGAGCUUUCUAUGACUUGUCCAAACUAAGAAAAGUUAUCGAAUUCUAUAAAAACAGUUAUAUCACUUAUUGAUCUAGCUUCAGGAUCGGACUAAGCUGCGAAAAGAAGUUUAACUUCAAAGCGUUUUGUCCCUUUGUAUGUAAAUUAAUUCCAAAAUGCCUGAACCAUUUUAUCCUAACAUCAUUUAUCAUUCCAAAAAGAGAACUAAAAAGAAUCUUUCAGUGUAUUGAGGAACUAGAAGUCUUAGAGUUUUCGAUGUGUGUUCUUUCUCCUGAAGGAGUUCAAUUAAAUCAAAACAAAUUAUUUAAACUUCUGGUUCUUGAAAUUAAUCAUUCAGAAUGGAACAAUAACACUUCCUCUUCAACUUGCAGUGAUGCAACAACUGACCAAGAGUUCUUCUUUAAAGAAGUAGGCAGCAGUAGUUUGAAGAAUUCAUUAUCAACAUUAACUUAUUUGUUUCCUUGCCCCAGAGCUUUGCUGAAAGAGUACCUUGAAAAGUAUGAGUUUGCAGAUAUUACUAUAGAAGGAAUUGAUCCGUAUACUUCUGAAGCUUACAAAAUCUCAAUUCCAAAUUAAUGAUCAUUAUUAAAUUCCUCAUAUUUGAUCUUCCCUUUUAGUCUAAGGGAAUCAGAAACUGGUCAGGAAGCAUUGAUCUGUGAAUAUUUC